GAAGUGAGAUGGCCAUGUCCGUGGUUCUUGCCCCGACAAGGCAUCGCACAUCGGACCAUCAGAAGGCCCGCUCUCCGCUGCACAUGUUGCGUGAAGAGGAGUCUCCGCCGACACCGCCGCCCAAAGACCCAGGCUAUAUCACUGCCACGGGUAUGGAUAACGAGUCAUCGAUGGCUCGACCGGCCAGUGGAUCGAAGCGCAAGCGAGAAGCUCAGCAAGACGACAAUGUAUACGAGAUGCGUAACGGCCAACUCGAGCUUGCGCACGCCGACUCGCCAACGCCGCAAAAGCGUUCACGCUCAAACACCGGUCGAAGUGAUGGCGGCCGUUCGAGUGAUGCCACACCAGCUCAGCGUCAUCAGGGAAGCCUCCGCCGUAAGCAGGGAGUUGGCAAUCUCUCCAACCUGAACCUCCGCCACGCCGCCGCUCGACGGAACAAAUCACGCAGUCAGAGUCCAACCGGACGAGAAUCCAGAUUUCAGGAAGGCAGCUUGACGGACAAACCGAGCCAACAACCGCCGAGCGCCUUUACUCGGUUCAUCCGCUCCGAGAGCGGCAACCUUACGCAGGUGGAAGAGUUGAUGCAUGAUUAUCACAACGGUGUUAACGAUACUGCGGAUACAGUGGACGAGCCUGUCCAGCGUGAGACAUUCAGCAAAAACGAGCAUCAGGGCAAGGCCACGGACAACAAGAAGAACGAGGGCGGAGGUGGCAUCUUCCGCUUUGGCAAGUCCUUUGCGUCGGGCUUUCAUCCCAUCGCGUUGUGGAACAAGGUGUGGAACGAGUCGAAGGAAGAGUUGACUAGGCGAAACAUUCUGGAGGCACAACGAAAGGCCAAGAUGCGUGCUGAAGCGCAGGCAGAAGCGCAGGCAAAGUACGAUCAGAUGAAGCAGGACGGAAAAUUCAAGCCACAGCAUGUCGUCUUUGCUGGAAAUCCUGCUGCGCCUCGGCCUCCUGUCCAGGAGACUUCGGCGCUGGCCAGCAUUGCUUCCAACGGCCAGACUUAUCAGCGGCAAGCUUCAUUGGGAUCGAGCGCAGCCGUCGCACAAGUCGAUGGCUCGGACUUUGGCGGCAGCCAGACUGCUGAAGUACCGCCCAGUACUGCAAAGCCGGGCAGAUUCUCACGUCUUCACCUCCGAACGCCCUCAAUUUCUAAUCUCAGGAGUACUUUGAGGAGUGUCAGAUCUCAUUCGGCUCUUGGAGGUGCGAUUGAACGCGAGCCAUCAUCCUCUGCUUCGCCCGUCAAGGCUGAUAUGGACCAUUCGACUUUGAGGAAGUCCGUCUCGAGGUUCGACCUGAAGAAGGAGCGACGCCUGUCCAAGCGAGUCAGCGAUUUGGAGUCAAAGCUGCUCAAGGCACGCAUGGAGCUCAGUACCGCACUCGACGAUGCCAGUCCUGCGCCUAAAUUCGGGAACAAGUACGAGAGAUUCACUCCUCUCGCUUCUUCGAGGCGAUCCAGAUUCGUCCCUGGUGCGUUACCAACCCUGCCUAGCGAGCGGUUGAUGUUCCCAACAGGGCCUGACGACGAGGGCACGGACGAGCCGCUGCGUCCCUUUGCAUCGACCACUCGGCCUAGAAAUGCCCUCGAUCUAAACACGGCUUUUGACAACAUCGACGACGAAGAGGAGGAAGAUGAAGAGGAGACGAUGCGGGUGAAGCGCAAAAUGCCAUAUCCGACCCGCGCCGAUGAAGUCUUUCAGCCGAUGGACACUACGGAGGAUGGACAGGAGAACAACUACGGCACCAAGAGCUUCCAGGCUGCGAUCGAGGACGAUCUCUCAUCUGAUCCAAUAGCACUGGACGAUAAAGAGCUCGAUACUCCCGCCAGUCUGUCAGAUGACGACAUGGAAGAGGCGACCCAGUCUCCAGAUUUCGACAGCCUCGGAAACAAACUCGAGGUCCUGAACGACUCUCCCAAGUCUGCCACGGCAUCGAAGAAGCCCAGGUCCAAGAAGCGCCACUUUGACGCCGCGGACGAUGCAGACCCGUUGUUCGUGCCCGAUCCGGAUGACGAACAGUCGACCGAAUUCGAGGACACGAAUCCUAAGAAGAAGCGCAAGUCGACCAGCAAGUCUCGCGGCUCGAGCACCAAGAAAACCCCAGCCAACAAGGCGACGAAAAAGUCCAGCAUUCCUGUCCCGUCUCCCAACUCGAAGACGCCCAGAACAGCCAUUCCGACAUCUGCUAGCAAUACUUCCACUGUACCUGCCACGGCCGCUGAAAACGUUAGCGAAGACGAGCUCAUUGCACCAACCAAACCGGUCCGCACAAGCAUCGACAGUGAAGUGACAUCUCUGGACCCAGUCUUCGAAGAAGAGGAAGACCUUUCCACCAUUCCUCUCAAGAACGCCCCGGCGGAACCCACCGCCCUGUCCACACCCGCGCGGUACGGUCAUAACGCUGUGCGCACUCGCUCCAAGAGCCCGCACAAGCGCUCCGACUCGCUGCAGCCCGGCGCCAUGGACCACGUCAACAUGAAGCGUCACCGUCCCAUGCGUUCGAAUAGUCCUCCGCCACUGCUAGCGGGUCAACUCGGCAUGCCGAUCGGUUUUGUCGAUGGCGAGGUCAGUAUCGUGCCCGGCCAGGCUGGCGUGCCGCAUUUGCCAAAAGGUGCGAAUGGCAGCUUUGAGAGUUUGGUGAAGGGUGGAAACAAGAAGGAUGAGCCGUUUGAGUGGCCUGAAGACGUGUUCUGA